GACAUUUUUCCAGCUGCUCUUCUGGGAAGGAGGUGGGGGAGGGAACGCCAGGGCUCACCACCUCCUCCCCGACACUGUGCCUCUAGGUGCCCUGUGAUGCUGGUGGUAGGAGACCAAGCACCCCAUGAAGAUGCAGUGGUGGAAUGUAACUCCAAGCUGGACCCCAUCCAGACCUCUUUCCUCAAGAUGGCCGACUCCGGAGGUCAGCCCCAGCUGACUCAGCCAGGCAAGCUGACCGAGGCCAUCAAGUACUUCCUGCAAGGCAUGGGCUACAUGGCCUCCUCCUGCAUGACUCGCCUGUCCCGUUCUCGCACAGCCUCCCUGACCAGUGCGGCAUUCUUUGAUGGCAAUCGGUCCCGCUCUCGCACCCUGUCCCAGAGCAGCGAGUCUGGGACUCUCCCUUCAGAGCCCCCAGGGCACACCAUGGAGGUCUCCUGUUGAGUGGCCCUUGUUGCCCUGGUGUGGGACCCACCCUCACCUCCCCCAGCACUAACCUGGGAGGUGCAUAGGGCACUGGGCCAGAGUGAGCAAGGGAAGAUGGGCAGAUCAUGUGGGGACAUGGCCUUGAUCUUGGAUUGCUUCCCUAACCUUGACCUCUAACUUGUGAUUCCUCUCAGCUGAGAGAGAGAUCCUAAUAUCUCUUAGGGACCCUGACCCCUAAAUGACCCCUUUCCCUCAUUCUUGUGUUAAGGCGGAGAGGGCAUGUGUCCCCUCUCCCUAAUCUAGGUGUCUGUAGAGGAGGCAUAAGAGGCUGCUGUAGUUGUCCAUGGUGCCUCCCCCAGACUCUCCCUACUCAUCCCAUUGCAAGGGUAGGGCUGGGUCUCCAUUCACCAAAGCGGACAUGGCUUCUCAUUAACCCUUCAGGUCUCUGAAGGGUAUGGGCCUAAAUGAAUGUGUCACGGGAGGCUUGCUGCUGGGUUAGUUGUCCUCAGGAUGUGAGAGAAACAUCCAGUGUGUGAAUAGAAGUUGGACUGGGAGGUGGCGGGCAAUGAACAAGUUUGAGGAAAGGACUGGAGCUGAGGCAACAGGAAGGGGCCUGGGGCCAUUGGCUGCACUAACUUUGGUAGCUAUCGAGACAGAGUGUGUCUAGAGUGGGAAGCGGGUGGGAACCAAGGGCUGCUUGGGGCUUGGCAUAGGAGUGGAAAGGGCUCCCUUGGGGCUCUGACCACGGUGUGUUAUGUGUGGAAGGUGCUCUCCUGUCUCCCACAACUUCUGCUGUAACAAUAAACUGUAGAGGAAUCUGAUCACCA